CUGAAAGAAAACUGGUAAACGAAGAGAAGUGAAUGUGUUAAGUGAAAUAAUUUGGGUAAAAUGCCAUAGUGUUGGGGUUAUUUUUAUUAUGUAGAGAACAGAUAAGAUUUUGUUCUCUUAUUUGUACUUUAUGCCUUCACGAAAUGUCACGUCUGGCAGAUUAUUUUGUUGUAGUUGGAUAUGAUCACGAGAAAGAACGAAGUGGAACCAGCAGUGGAAUAAUAAUCCAACGAUUUCCAGAUAAAGACUGGCCAGAUACUCCAUUUAUUGAAGGGAUAGAAUGGUUCUGCCAGCCACAAGGAUGGGCCCUUUCCUCCGAGAGACAAGAACCAAGGUUUUUUGUCUCUGUUCUCACAGACAUCGACGCAAACCGCCACUACUGCGCCUGUCUUUGUUUCAACGAAACGAUUUCAAUUACACCAAGUAAACCUGUAGAUGAGCAGGAGGAGGAUGCUCUGGACGGUCAGACUAGCCCGCACAACAUCAGCCUGCCCACCAUCACACAUCACAGCAUCAUGUACGCGCCCAAGUGUCUGGUGCUCGUCUCUCGUCUGGAUUACAUUGAAACUUUCAGGAACUGCCUGGGUAUAAUCUACACGGUUUAUGUGGAGAGUGUGCCGGUACCACUGGAGAACGUGGUGAGCAACAUCCUGGGGUGUAUACAGGUACCUCCACCUGGCGGGCCACAGGUGCGCUUCAGUAUCGGGGCGGGGGACCGCCAGGCUCUCCAGCCUCCUCUCGCCCCCACCCUGCCAGUCACCCACACUGCCGUCAGUCUGCUCUUCCAUCAGCUCGGUAUCCGGAAUGCACUAGUAUUGUUCUGCGCGGUGAUGACAGAGCAGAAGAUCCUGUUCCAGUCUCGCAGCUACAGUCGACUGACGGAGGCGUGUCGUGCGCUCACUGCGCUCAUGUACCCCUUCAAGUACAGCCACGUGUACAUCCCUCUGCUGCCAGCCGCACUCGUGGAGGUGCUCUCCACCCCCACCCCCUUCGUCAUGGGGGUGCACUCCUCGCUCAAGACUGAUGUCUCGGAAAUGAUGGAUGUGAUAGUGGCAGACCUGGACGGUGGUUCCCUCCUCGUGCCCGACGGAGUGUCUCUCCCUCUGCUCCCGGAACCGUUACUGAGCUCGGUGACGGAAGCACUAGGUCUGGUUCUGCAGCCCGAGUUGGGUGGGGCGGACCACGCCUUCCCCCCCACCCCACCACCUCGCCCUGCUCCACCUGCCAUGCAGGACAAGGAGAUCCGAGCGGUGUUCAUGCGAGCUUUCGCUCAGCUAAUGCAAGGAUAUCGCAGCUGUCUCACUAUUAUCCGGAUACAUCCAAAACCUGUCAUUACUUUUCACAAGGCUGCAUUCCUGGGAGAGAGGGGACUGACGGACUGCGACUUCACAACACGAGUUCUGGAUUGCAUGUUCUUCACUGGCUUUGUAUCGGAGCGGGGCCCGCCCUGGCGGCCGUGUGACCACUGGGAUGAGCUGUAUAGUAACAUGGCGGACCUACAGCGGGCUGAGCUAGCAGAUCGGACUCUAGUGCUGCAACACGUACAGGACCUAGCGCACCAGUUAUACCAGAACGAGAACCCAAACCAGCAGCCCUAUGUACAGAAGAUACUGAAACCACCAGAAGGAGCGUUUGCUCGCAUACACCAGCCAGUGUUUCCCCACAUAGACACAGAGAAGGUGCAGAAACUGAUAGAGGAAGGACUGGCCAAGAGCAACUUGCAGACCAGAUUGUUAUCGUUGAAGCCGCCAGCUCCCAGGAUAGUGCCCAUGGAACUCCACAUGACCAGUGCCAUGGACAACAGGCACAUAGUCAGCAACUCGGCUCGGAGACUAGAGGUAUUGAAGAACUGCAUCAAUUGUAUAUUUGAGAACAAGAUCUCAGAUGCAAGAAAGACAUUCCCAGCAGUGUUACGAGCUCUCAAGUCCCGGGCGGCACGACUAGCACUGUGUACUGAACUGGCACAGCAUGUGGUCGGGAACAAGGCCAUGCUAGAACACCAGCAGUUUGAUCUGGUCGUCAGGCUCAUGAACUGUGCUCUGCAGGAUGGGUCUUCCAUGGAUGAGUAUGGAGUGGCAGCAGCAUUGCUACCUCUGGCCAACGCCUUCUGCAGAAAACUUUGCACUGGCGUCAUACAAUUCGCCUACACCUGCAUCCAGGAGCAUGCUGUGUGGACCAACCAACAGUUCUGGGAGGCAGCCUUCUACCAGGACGUCCAGAGAGACAUCAAGGCCUUGUACCUCAACAUCAGUGAUAACUCCCACCACACGGCCAGUCCCAUCAGUCCGAAGGAGGCAAAGGAGUUUUCCUGGAAAGACCGAAAGAAUCUGAGCCGAGCCCAAGAACCUUCUGCUCUGGAAAUAGCUGCUGAACAGAUGAGGGUAUGGAACUCUAUAGAUCCAGACAAGCAGACACAGUUGGUGAACAGUGAGGAGUCCACUCUCUACAGCCAGGCUAUCCACUACGCCAACAGAAUGGUGUCGCUGUUGGUACCCCUGGACAUCGCCAGCAAGUCGCACAAGAUGGACAGUAACCACCUGGAUGUUGAGAGAGUCAGUAACAUCACCAACAGAUCCAGUAUAGCGGAGAGUGACGGCAGUGCGGACGCAGAGUCAGGGUUCGAGGAGCAGGACUCGUCCGAGGCAGGAGCCCAAGUGGUGCGGAUGGUGUCCAGGUUCGUGGACAAGGUGUGCACAGAGGGUGGUGUGAGAGCAGAGCACAUCCGCAGUCUGCACCAGAUGGUCCCUGGUGUUGUGCACAUGCAUGUGGAGACCCUGGAGGCUGUGCACAGAGAGAGCAAGAGACUUCCACCCAUCCAGAAGCCCAAGAUCCUUACACCAAGCAUGCUGCCAGGAGAGGAACCGUUGUCAGAGGGUCUCCGAGUCUAUCUGCUACCAGACGGGAGGGAGGAGGGGCUGGGGGGAGUGGUGGGGGGACCUCCCCUGCUGCCUGCUGAAGGAGCCAUCUUCGUUACCAACUAUCGCAUUGUUUUCAAGGGCACACCUUCGGAUCCAUUUGCGUGUGAACAGCUGGUGGUGAGAGCGUUCCCAGUGACAUCUCUUACCAAGGAGAAGAGGAUCUCAGUGCAGUAUCUGGCCCACUUGGACCAGUGGCUGCAGGAAGGGCUGCAACUGCGCUCCUGUACAUUCCAGUUGCUGAAGGUAGCAUUUGAUGACGAGGUGACGGCCGAGAGUAUAGAAGGGUUCCGCAAGCUGAUACACAAAGUCCGACACCCUCCGCACAUAUUUCACCACUUUGCCUUCACAGGGCAGGUGGUUGUGUCCCAGACACCCCUGCACAAGGAUAAGGAGAAGAAUGCCACACUGAGGGGUUUCGCCAAGAAAACAUUGCUCAAAACGGCCAGAAAAGCCGGUUUCAAACAAAAAACAUCAUCCAAGCGACAAAAAUACGUGUUGCCAAAUGUAGGCAACAAUGUCAAGUACAUGACUUCACCCAGCCGAAUGAAUCUCCCCAUGACUGACUUGGAUGACCUCUCAGUAGACGAGUUUGAAGCGGUGAUCCCAGCCGGCCUGGUGACCGACUCGAAGACAAUGGAGAGGCUGGCCGAGCGCAGUUAUGUCCGGGACUGGACCAGGCUGGGGCUAGUCACUCACUCCAACAGCAAGAGCAAGGAGCCCUUCCGUCUCACAUCUGUCAACAGUGCCUACAUGAUGUGUCGCAGCUACCCCGCACUUGUUGUGAUGCCGAGCGCAGUCAGCGAUGACAGUCUGCGCAAGUUCUACCGCUGCUAUCGUCACAGCAGGUUCCCAGUCAUCACGUGGCGACACCCGCGCAACAAGUCUCUGCUACUGCGCGGUGCAGGCUAUCACGGCAAAGGUGUCAUGGGCAUGCUCAAAAGUACACACCCCUCCUCUACUGGUGUGUCAGUGACAGAGACCAGUUCUAGCCUGGAGCAGGAGAGGUAUCUAUCUGUGCUGGUGAAUGUUACACCUCUGUCGGUACAACGUCAGACGUGGAACAUGUCAGACUCCAGUCUCAGUAUAAACUCUCUACUCCUGGCUGCAGAAGACAAUACCAUGACUCCAGAGGCUUCUCGUCGCACCAAUCCCUUCAACAAGGCUAUGGGAACUAUCGGUGUUUUCCCACGGUCGAGUGGGGGCAAAAGCGGGAAGAGUUUUGGGCGAUGGGGUUCGCUGAAGGACCGCGAGCGCCGCAACUCGAUGCAGGGAAACACCCUCGGCCCUAUGACUGGACUGAGGACCCCCCAUAACCCUGCCAGACUCUCGGCAGACUCUGACUCCGGCACUGAGUGUGUGCAGACCUUCCAGCGAGCGGCUCUCUACAUCUUAGGAGAGAAGGCACAGAUGAAGGGUGGUAAAGAAAACGUGCCCAAGACUGACUACAUCCCAGUGGAGUACGCCGACGUAAGGCAGACCAAAGCUGCAUUCAAGAAGCUGAUGAGAGCUUGCAUGCCGAGUACUGCCAAUCAGGAGCCUGACCAAACAUUCCAUAGGUUGAUAGAGAGCUCCCAGUGGCUACAACAGGUCCAGAACAUGAUGCAGCUGUCUGGCGCGGUGGUAGACCUGCUGGAUGUCCAGGGCUCCUCAGUCAUGCUGUGUCUGGAGGACGGCUGGGACAUCACAUGUCAGAUAUCAGCAGUAGCCCAGCUCUGCUUAGACCCCCACUACCGCACCAUCGAGGGCUUCCGGGUGCUGGUGGAGAAGGAGUGGCUGGCAUUCGGCCAUCGCUUCAGCCAUCGGAGCAACUUGGCAUCCACCUCUCAAGCCAGUGGUUUUGCUCCCACCUUCCUCCAGUUCCUAGACGUUGUUCAUCAGAUUCACUGCCAGUUCCCUUUGGCGUUUGAGUUCAAUGAUUACUACCUGAGGUUCCUGGCCUACCACUCGGUGUCCUGUCGAUUCCGCACAUUCCUGCUGGACUGUGAGCUGGAGAGGGUGGAGUGCGGCAUCACUGCGGUGGAGGAUAAACGAGGUUCACUCACUUCCCAUCACAAAGGCGUGGACACGGGCUCCGACGAUGACACCAUCUACCCUGGUGGUCGGUUAGCCGGGACUCAUGUAGGGCCGAACCUGGGCCAGUCUGUGUUCGACUACAUCGAGAAGCAGCAUGCCAGAGCGCCUCUCUUCUUCAACUUUAUGUACACUCCAGACACGGAGAACCCUGUUCUGAGGCCACAGUCACAUCUUGCCAACCUGGAGAUCUGGCAGUACUACCUGAGGGAGGAGCUGAGGUACGGACCCAGCUACGACAUAGAGAUCAUACAGCUGGACAGUCAGCAGGAGGAGGAGAUGGAGGCUGCCGAUGGUACCGCCAAGUCUUCCCGCAAAGUUGUCACACUUGGGUACGACGGUAUUGAACGCUGCGUACCAGAUGCAUUCACUCACCUACUAGAGGAAAUCCACCACAUCGAGACGGAGCUGGGACACCUGCCGCAGAAAUGGAAAGUCCUGUGGGACAAGUUGGAGUUACCUACCACAGAUUCCCUCACGAGGCAUGCCUCAUUCAGCACAGCGCUUGUGAGAUCUCACGGUCGCCUACAGCACAAACGAUCCACCCUGGAGAUACUGAUGCGGGGCAAGAUGGUGGGGGCAGAGACCCCGACAGCCCCCGCCUACUCUCACCCCCACCGCUUCGAGAAACACAACUUCACCACCCCCACCUACUGUGACCUGUGCAGCAACUUGCUGUGGGGCCCAGUUAAGACGGGAUUCAGGUGUGUGGAUUGUGGGUACAACUGCCACGACAAGUGUAUGGAGACUGUGCCCAAGAACUGCACCAAGUAUAAGGCUGUGGCCGAUUCGUCUCUGUCCAACGCCACCUUGACUCGCAGCGGUGGUGACAGUGGCUCUGUCAACUCAAGUGUGAAUGCGAUGCAAACGACAAAUCAGCAGUAUUACGAGCAGUUCUCGUCAAACGUGGCAGAGAACAGGACGCACGAGGGUUACCUGUACAAGCGAGGAGCCCUCCUCAAGGGCUGGAAACAACGGUGGUUCGUCCUAGACUCCAUCAAACACCAGCUGCGCUACUACGAUGCUAUGGAGGACUCUCACUGCAAGGGCUAUAUUGACCUUGCAGAGGUGAUGUCAGUGACUCAGGCUCCUCCUAUGCCAGGACCACCCAAGAAAACUGAUGACAAAUCAUUCUUCGAUUUGCGUACAAGCCGGAGGACGUACAACUUCUGCGCGAGUGACGCGGUGACGGCCCAGGAGUGGAUAGAGAAGGUUCAAGGUUGCCUGCAGUAAUCUAGUCAAGUUGGCUCCAGUCACAGUUACCUGUACAGAGGACACGCCACACCGCACCGUGUCGCGCGAGCGCGCAGUGUCUUGCCACAUUCCAGCGUUCAGUACUCCUCACCACCACACCGAUGUAAAUACUCAAUUGUUAAACAAGAGAUUAAAUUAUCUUUUGAUAUUAAGCUGUUCCUUUUUUGCCACUAAGUAAAAUGGUUAGGUUUAUUAUGUCAGUGUAAAUAUAAAAAGAAAUGCGAUCAUUAAUUUAUUCCAGUAAAAUUUCAUUACAAACUGUUUGUAAUAUUUAAUUUUUACGGUGAUAAUUUCAUGUUGUACUUGAUAACUCGUUUAAGUGUGUUAAAUAAUGCUUAUUUGUUCGUUAUUGUUGUGGCAUUUAUAUUUUAAACACUUCUUGUUUCCUUUUUUAUUUAGAAUUUAUUAAAGUUUUAUUGAGAAGUUGACUGGAGUUUUCUCAGGGAUUGUGCACACUGUUGGGGUUAGAGGUCGGUUCCCAGUUGCCUUUCUUGUUAAAUAUUUACUACCAAAUAGUUUCUAAUCUUUUCUGUAUUUGAAGUUACGUAAUUAAUAAUUAUGUAUAAACGUUUAAUGAGACAUUUUUACUGUUAUUUUUUGUAAAUAGAAAAGAGUUGUUUUAUCUCCGAUUGACUUAUUUAAUUUUUGUUAUGUACAAUUUUUGUUGUGAAUUCAUGGUGAAUCUUAUUUAUGAUUAAUUAGUUCUCCACUCACAUCAGCAAACACUGGUAAACAAUUAGUGUAAUAAGUUAAUGUUGCCAAACAAGCUUUUGUUGUAAUAGUUGGCGCGUCUACCAGCCUACUCACUACAAUAACGUUCGUACUGCUUUGCUUAUUUCAAAGUCGAAUAUUUGAGAGCCAGGGACAAGAGUUAACCAGAGAGUAGACUUCUACAUGUACAGUAAUCGUAGGCUAAGUCUGUAUAUUUCCUUGUUACUUAGUGAUAUCGCCUGUCAUGGAUCUUGCAGAGUUUUAUAUACUUGUAGGCUUUCUGCGUACGUUGUAACAUUUGUGUAAAUUUGUUUAUUAUUGUAUCCGCUGGCCUCGCGGUCAGACAGAAGGAGAACAGAUACUCGAGACCAGUAUUGUGGACUGACAUAUCGUAUGUAAUAUUUACAGAGAAAGAAGACGUAGCCACGUCGCAAAAGAUUCAAAUUUACCGUUAUUACUUUCGCUCAAUAUUUUUGUAAGGAUCAUUUUUAUAGAUUUAUAAAGUAUUCAGAAAGUUCAGUUUUCAGUAAAGUUGUGAUGUUAUUGUGUAGUGUAACGUCAGAGUAAUGUAAAAUCUCACAAGUACUUUUAUUUCGAAAAGUGAAUUUACUGUCGAUAAUUUAACAUUGUUUUAGCACAAUCCGCACAUUUAUCUCUAAGUUGGGUUCAAUAAUUUUAGGAGUGUCUCACAAAGAAGAGACAGAUCUGACUGACCACUGCCAAACAAUAUUGUAUAAGAUCUUUAGAAGUAUUGAGAACUAAUUGUGAUGCCUACAUUAUCAGUUGGUUAUUUGUGUAAUCUAUUGUUUUGAAACUGUUAGACGUUUCGCAUUGUCUAGCUGGAGCUUUCUAACCGUAAAAAGUACAAUAAUUUGUGGUCGAUAAGUUGUUUUGUUCAUAGACAAACCAUUGUUAAGUAGUUUAAAAGUAUUUUUUAUUUGUGUUAUGGAAACUAUUUUUAUUAUUUCAAUUAUAUUUCUUAAUUUUUUAAUUAUAUAGAAAACUCAACAUAUUUAUUACUUUAGUGAACUUUAUAAAUUUACUGUUUGAUCUUUCAAUAUCGGUCUUUGUGAUAAUUUUGUAACAUAUUGAAAAUGAUAUUAAGAUAUUGAAUGAUGUAUUUAGUGUAACUAAGAGUUUCUUUAUGGUAUUUUGUAUAUUCUGGGGUAUAUUUGCCCGUAGUAAUAUUAUAAGUAUCGAGAGUACCAAUGCGAUACUAACACAAAAUUGCUUUCAAACUUCAGAGGUGAUUGUAUAGUUUUUGUUUUUCAUUGUUAUUUUAAAUGUGAUAAAAUAAAAGAAUAUAUAAUUAUUAUUAGAUAAAAA